AUGUCGCAACGGGAGUACCACAUAGUCGUCCUUGGUUCUGGUGGAGUCGGAAAGAGCUGCCUAACAGCGCAAUUCGUGCAGAAUGUAUGGAUAGAGAGUUAUGAUCCUACCAUCGAAGACUCGUACCGCAAGGUGCUUGAUGUUGACGGCCGCCAUGUCAUCUUGGAGAUUCUAGACACUGCAGGCACCGAGCAAUUCAGUAAGGAACUAUAUAUGAAAACCGGUCAGGGGUUCCUUCUGGUCUUCAGCAUAACGUCGGCGUCUUCUUUCUGGGAACUGGCAGAGCUUCGGGAGCAGAUACGACGAAUAAAGGAAGAUAGCAACGUUCCCAUGGUCCUCAUCGGCAACAAGUCAGAUCUAGAAGAUGACCGAGCAGUGCCACGCCCACGAGCCUUUGCAAUCUCGCGUGAGUGGAAUAUACCGUACUUUGAAACCAGUGCUCGGAGAAGAGCAAACGUGGACGAGGCCUUUGUCGACCUCUGCAGGCAAAUCAUCCGCAAAGAUCAACAGGAACGGUCGCGCAUGGCCCCACCCGACUCACCGAGGCCUGGUCCAAGUGACGGCAUCAUCGGCCAGGCCGUCAACUCUGUCAAGAACGCCGCCAACUACGUCUCCGAGACUGUCCAGGGCCAGUCCGCUGAGGCCUCCAAGGAGGGCAACAAGCAGCAGGCCAAGGGCAACGUCCCCGGCCAGGACUCCCUCACCGACCGUGCCUCCGGUGCUCUCAACGCUGCUGGUGACAAGAUCAACCAGGAGAAGCACGAGGGCUCCGCCGAGGCCAACAAGCGCUCCAUCUAA